AGUGUCUCCGUUUUGCUUUAUAUGGGAAAACUUGGGAAACGCGGCCACCAUGGCCAUUAGACGCGAGUACCAGGGCAAAAACUCGCGGUGGACUGAAGCGGAAGACGAGCAGCUUAUUGAACUGUGGCGAAAGCAGAAGUGUUUAUUUGAUCCGUCUGUAGAGAACUACCACAACAAAAAACGAAAGCUUGAUAAGUGGAAAUACAUAGCUGGGCAGCUCGGUAAACAUGUUGAUGAGGUGCGGAAGAGAGCCACCUCCCUGCGCACCAUGUACGGGAAGCUGCUGCACUCCGACACCCCAGGUGGUAGCGAGGCCAAGCCCUAUACCAGCAGACAGAGGUGGCUGUGGUGGAACCUCGAGUUCCUGCAGAGAUUCCUCACGAGACGCUGUCAUGCGCCGACCGCUACAGCAAAGCUGGAGGGCACAGAGCACUCUUUAGAAGACCAAAGGCUAAAGUGGGCCAGAGACCGUCUAGCAAGAAUGCCCCUGGAGCUGCUCCUGCAAUAG